AUGGACAUGUUCAUCCAUAAUCCUUGUCAAGUUGCAAUUAGCAAUAAAAAUGCUAUAAGUGGUCGUGGUAACCCUGCAUAUACAUUAGCAUCAGUCUUCAUUUAUGAUGAAUGGAUGCGUAAUUAUGAAUUACAAGUGUGGCAGGAAUAUUUAAAAUUACGUGUUGAAGAAAAGCAUUGGGCUAAAGAAGUAGUACAAAGAACUAAAAAACGUGAUGAUGUAGCCAAUACUACUGCCCAUUCCAAAAAAGAAGGCGGAUGGGUAUUUUUUGAAUAA